UCAGCAAUUGGUUUUCUCUACCAAAAACAAACUCCAAACUAACAUUAAUUUUACAUAUAUAUAUAUAUAUAUAUAGAGAGAGAGAGAGAGAGAGAGAGAGAGAGAGAGAGAGAGAGAGAGAGAGAGGAAACCUGAUUGAUCUGUCCAGUGAACAGCCAUGUUCGAUUACAACCAUUAAAGAGAGGAAUUCGCUCCCAACCUUCAAAUGUAGGCUCCCCCAAACCCUAUAUAAGAGGAGGCAUGAGAAACUCCUCCAGCAGGAUUCCAGGCUUUGUUUUAACAUCAGCUUUUCGCACAGAAUUAAUAGUUAUGGCUACCGACGUCUCCCUCAUCUUCAUUGUUGCAUUCUUCCUGGCCGUGUCCACCACGUCUACAGCUCUCAACAUCACCGAGGUGCUUGGGCAAUACCCUGAAUAUGGCACUUUCAACGACCUUCUUACCAAAACCAAGCUCGCUGAACAAAUCAAGAAUCGCCAAACCAUUACCGUGCUAACCCUGGACAACGAUUCCAUCUCCUCCAUCGCAAACAGGUCCAUUGAUCAACUCAAGAAGAUCCUAAUGAAUCACAUUAUCCUUGACUACUUCGAUACACUCAAGAUCCAAAAGCUGGGAAAGAAGAGCGCCAUUCUCACCACAUUAUAUCAAACCACUGGUAUGGCUAUGGAACAACAAGGAUUCUUAAACAUUACCAGGAUAGGCCCAGGUGAUGUUGUGUUCGGUUCAGGCGUGAAGGGUGCACCACUGGUUUCUAAGCUCUUGGGGUCUGUGACUGCUCAGCCUUUCAAUUUAUCUGUGCUUCACGUCAGCACACCAAUUGUUGCUCCUGGCUUUGGUGAUCCCGUCCUUGCUCCUCCACCACCACCAGCUUCCAAGCCUGCCCCUGCUCCUAAGAAGGCUGGUGCCACUGCCCCCUCGGAGGUGGAGGAGGGCGAUUAUGACGGGGAAGCCCCAGAGAGUGCACCCUCCCCUGCACCAGCUGAUGCUCCUCUGGCUGAUGCUCCAACCAAGGGGAAGUCGCCCCCAUCACCCGAAGAUGCUGAUGAAGAAGAAGCGGAAGCACCUGCUCCUUCCGCUUCCUCCAGAGUGGUCGAUUCAAGCAUAGCCGUUGUGGCGGUGAUGUGCUUGGUCGUAAGCUUGGUAGCCUUCUAAGAUAUUAUUAAGGAUUUUAU